AUGUUACGCGGCCACUUCAUCGUCAAGGGCGUCGCGAUCCUCUCCUUACUGUUCUCCUUCUAUUAUGUCACUUCACAGCGUGCGUUUGAGAACUUCCUCGACACUUUAAACAUCACAUUCGACGACUUUCCCCAAGAGACUUCGACUAUGAAUCGACCUUUAAGCACAUCCAAAUUCCCAGGAUCAUCCAUUACAUCUGGUUCAAAGACCUAUACCCGACUCGCGAAGGCGCCACAAAGAUCCCAUCGGUAG